UGGCCGACGAGAAAUCGGUGGGGCCGCUUCCGCACGAUUUUGACGUUCGGCAUUUGGUACUGCUCCAACGUCAUCACGCUUGGCGCCGACCAGUUCGACCCGCAUGACCCGAGUGAAGUCCACCAGAAGGAGACGUACUUCUCGUACUUCUACUUCUGCAUCAACCUCGGCUCCGGAUUUUCGUACGGUUACCUGUCGAUCCUGUGCGUGGAUGGCUCGGCCCAGAUCCCCGCGGAGUACGGCUACUUCGCCACGUACAUGAUCUGCGCCGUGGUGAUGCUGUUCGCCAUUGCGAUGCUGUGCGUGGGCUACCCUCGCUACGUCUUCAUGCCACCGAACGACCGCUCCAUCUCGAUGCUGUGCAAGCUGGGCUGGGCCAACGCCAAGCAGACCCGCAGCGGCUUCAUCCUCGUGUCUGCGACUCUGAGCUUCCUGGCUGCUCUGAUCGUCAACGUCAUCUCCGCCUUUACGGUUGAUAAGGGAAACACGGGCAACAUCCUCUCGUACGUCGCUGCUGUGCUGGUGCUUGCCGGCAUUAUCGGCUGGGUGUACUCCGGCCAGGAACAAUCCUUCCUGGACGCGUCAAAGGUCAGCCAUGGUGGCACCUUCGACGACGAGCGCGUUGAGGGUUACAAGAAGCUGGUGCGCGUGCUGCCGUACGCCGCCUUCACUAUUAUCUGGCAGUGUGCGUAUGACCAGACCGACGCCAAUUUCCAGUCCAUUACCCAGCAGUGCGACCUGCGUCUUGACACGAGCGACCCAGACAGCUCGCAGAUCCCUGGCGCCAUGCUCGGUGUCUUCGACCCGAUCGUCAUCGUCAUUGUCAUUCCGAUCCUUGACUCGAUCGUCUACCCGGCGUACUCCAAGUGGGCCGGCAAGUCUCCCAGUCAGUUCGGCAAGUCCGCAACCGGUCUCGUCAUCGCCAUCGUUGGCAUCUUCUGGGCCGGCAUCUUCGAGGUCAUCCGUCGCAACGCUGGAGCUCUACAGGACGAGAACGGGGACCCCAUUUUGGAUGGAGGUAGCUCUCAACCCAUGAACGACAUCUCGUGGGCCGCCGCCAUCCCCAACUACAUCUUCAUCGGUCUCGCUGAAUGCCUGAUCAACGUUACGGCGUACGACCUCGUGUACUCUUCAGUGCCGAUGUCGCUCAAGUCCAUGGCCCAGGCCGUGAUCCUGUUCAUGAGCUCCAUGGGCAGCAUCCUCACCUCGGUCUUCACCAUCAUGUUCUCCAAGUCGCUUCCGUCCGACAACCUGAACGAGGACCACCUCGAGAACAUGUUCUUCACGGUGGGUGCCGUGAGCGUCAUCAACUUCGUCUUCUUCAUUAUCAUCAUGCGCAAGAUGAACAUGGGCAUGUCCUCUUCACCUGAGCUCGACCACCUCGGUAACGAGGUACAGGACCUCCUGGACGAGAAGCUGUCGGUGAGCUCGCGCCAGAGUGUCGCGGCCACUAAGUAA